AUGCCAGGAUUCGAUCAGGUUGCCUCGAACAAAGCCUUAGCCAUUCCAGGGAUCGUGGAAAUCAUUCUCUUACACUUGGACAUACGCACAGUUCUCACAAAGGCCCAGAGGACAUGUCGAACUUGGAACAAUGUAAUCCAGGAGUUUCCCUCCAUUCAAAAACAUUUAUUCUUUGAGCCGACUGAGGAGAUUGACGGCGAAAAGAUCCCCAAUCCACUCCUGGCUGAGGUCUUCCCUUCUUUUUUCCCUCUGGAUCUGAAAAAGUUCUCCGCCCAGUCCCUGGACAUUGUCCGCAACCCGCGUUAG